AUGGAAUCUUCUGGACUUCUACACCUGCUUGUGCUGUUCAGCCUCUUUGUGAAUGUCCAAGGACCUGCUAGGAGUGACCAGUCCUUUUACAAGAAAUGCCCCAGAAUCAAAGAGAAAUGUGAGUACAAAGAAAGGGACAUAUGUACAAAGGACAGAGACUGCCCGGACAACGAGAAGUGCUGCAUCUUCAGCUGUGGAAGAAAAUGUUUAGACCUCCAACAAGAUAUAUGCACUAUGUCAAAAGACAAUGGCCCCUGCAUGGCUUUUUUUCACCGUUGGUGGUAUAAUAAGGACAAUAAUACCUGCUCCACCUUCAUCUAUGGUGGCUGCCUGGGAAACAAUAACAACUUCCAAUCCAAAGACAUCUGCCUGAACAUGUGCCAUAAAAAACGAACAUGUCCCAGAAUCCGAGUAAAAUGUGAAAUGGAAGAAAUGAACCAGUGUACCAAGCACAGACAUUGCCCGGAAAAGAUGAAGUGUUGCCUGUUUAGCUGUGGAAAGAAAUGUUUAGAUCUCAGAAAAGGUGACUCAGAGAUGCGUGAAUUCCCCAGGGCUGUCCUCCCCUCACCUGCACUGCACUGUCCGGCUCCCCCUCCUAGUUGGCUGAUGGCUGGUCUCUGCCCAAGUGUCUUGGUGCAGCUCCUCCUGGACACAAACCCACCAGGAUGCGUCUUCCUGGAUGAGAUAAGGAGGAGCUGGAAUGACCUCUGGGCUUUGGCUCAUACUCCCGGGCCCUGUCCAGGCGUGUCUGACUGA